GGUUCGUGGGUGACGCCCAAUUGGUGGAAUGAUGCCCAUCUUAAUAAAGCAAUUGCUAGUUUUUUGGCGUCUGAUAUUGUAUUAGAGAUGGAUGGAGGCGUUGAAUUUAAUGGAAAAUAUCCAAUGACUACACUGUAUUCAUUGUAUUACGAAUUCAGUAAAAGAUACCCACAUUCACGUAUAACUGGAAUGAAACAAGAGACAAUUUCACAUAAAACAGAGUUAGUAUUACGAAUGCUUAAUUUUACGUUGAGCAAAAAAUCUUUUCAAAUUGGAAUACGAAAUUUCAUUUUGGAAUAUCAAUAUAAGACAUUUUGUGGAGAUGACUUUUGGGAAUCUUUAAACUCACAAUCACUAAAAGAUGGAACACUUAAGCCUCAUUUAAAUGUGGGGGUCAUCGUAAAUACUUGGUUUGCAUAUCACCGUCUUCCAGUAGUCAAAGUCCUUAGAGAUUACACUGAAAAAACGGCAAUUCUGCAGCAAAAAGUGUAUCUAAGAGAACGGCCGCAUGAUGUUCCAGAACAAGAAAAAAUGCUUUGGUGGAUUCCAAUUCUACUUAAUAGACAGGAUGGUCUGAAUUUUUCAAGUGGUUGUCCUUAUCUCUGGAUGGAGAAUAAGAAGCAAAUAAAUAUACAAAAUAUGCCCGAAAAAGAUAAAUUUAUAAUUAUAAAUUAUGAAGAAAUUGCACCUUUUCCAGUUAAUUACGACAAUAAAAAUUGGAAAAUGUUGUCAGAUUUCUUACAAACUGACAAUGGAAGGAAACAAAUUCCACCAUAUACAAGGGCAAAAUUACUACAUGAUGCUUGGAAUCUUGCUUUUGCAGGGGAUCUUAGUUUUUCAGCUGCCCUAAACAUGACUCUAUUUAUAAAAUAUGAGCGGAACCACAUUGUUUGGAAUCCAGUUUUUACAUUUAUAGAUCAAAUUGGACGACAUAUAGAUGAGUCGGAAGUACAUGCAAAAUUUGAGUCCUACGUUAUAUUUUUGUUGGCUCCUUUUUUACGAAGAGUUAGAUGAAGAAGUCUCAAUCGAAGACAACUGGAAAACUGACAUUCGUACAUUAACCAAAAGGUUCUUAUGCCUAGCUGGUUAUAAAC